CUGAGAGAGAGAGAGAGAGAGAGUCUGAUGGAUCGGAAGCUCCGUAGUUCGAUCUCCCGCUCGCCGGAGGAGUUCCUCUCCCUCGCCGUAAAUCUCCAUACCAAGCCGGAGAAAUCUACCCUCAGGACCCUAAUCUUUAGCCUCACUUCCAGUUCUGCUUGCGUGGCCUCUCUCCCCGCCGCUCUCUUUGCUGCCAUCCAGCGGUCCAUCGAUGCUUCGCAGGAAACUGGAGAACAGCCGCUCGAUAUGGACCCCCCAACCCCUUCUCCUCCGACCGCAAAGCGGCUACGUCGAUCCUCCCGGAGUCGCUCGCGGAGCCGCACGUCGGCCUACAGCAACAACUCGGAGAGCGAGAAUCCUCUACACAGCUUGCAAAUAUGUGCUUCAAUAAUCCGAUUCUGUGUUAGUCAUCCAAAUAGAAUCUUCUCGCUGGACGAUCUAUUGCCUUGCGUUCAGGCCCUGCACGAUCAUCUUGUCCUCUUCGAGUCUGAUUCUGCCCUGCAGGUCACGAUUGCUUCAUUAUGUGAGGAAUGGUGGAAAUUAGGGCUUCCUGGCAAGGAAACUCUCAUUUCCCAAUCGCUUCCAUUUCUUCUCGCGACAUCCUUGUGUGCCGGAAGGAAGUCAGCAGUGCGGCGGGUGUACUUGCUCAGGGACGCCUUUACUCUCUUUGAUUUUUUGGACGACAGUAUUGAGGAUCUGAAGAUUCUGCUUCUCAGGUGUGUCAUUACACCUAUUUAUCUAAGGACUGAAGAGGGCAAGAAGUUCUUGUCCUUUUUGUUUGGUUUGAACGUACAAUUAGUGAAGGAGGUCUUGGCGAUGAUACGUUCGCAGAUCCCAUUUGGGCGGAAAUCGGUCCUCGAAUCAUUGUCAGAGGUGGUAUUUUGGGGGUGGAAGGCCGUGGAAGGUCAGGCAAAGGAUGAGGUUGAGAAUGGUUUUCUUCAGGCUUUGAUCGAGGCCGCUGUCCAUGCAUCUUCUAAAACUUUUGCCUCAUCGAUAAGGAGGCUUUUGGGAGGGUUUAUCAGCCAAAGAAUGAUGGUUGGGGUUGAGAAACUUCUCUUUCGCCUGUCGGAGCCCAUAUUGUUUCGUUCACUUCAGGCUGCAAACUCAAAUGUUCGUCAAAAUGCACUUAUUUUGCUUGUGGAGUUGUUUCCUCUUGAAGAUCCAGACGCUACUAAAGAAGUCAAAGAUAAUUUACUGAACAGGCAAUUCUUUUUGAUGGAAAAAUUGCUUUUUGAUGACUGCCCUGAUGUGAGAGCUUCCGCUGUUGAGGGUGUUUGUCGUGUGUUAUGUCUAUAUUGGGAAAUUAUACCCCCCUCAAUAACUACAAAGAUGUUAACAAAACUGUUUGACGACUUGUCACAUGAUGUAUGCAGUAAUGUGAGGCUUUCAGUAUUGAAUGGGAUUUUGUACCUGCUUACUAAUGCACAGAGUCACGAAGUUUUAAAAGUACUACUUCCGAAAUUAGGUCAUGCAUUGCAGGAUCCUGUUCUUUCUGUAAGAGUGGCUGCAUGCGAUCUUCUAUUGGCUAUACGAGACGCUAGCUCUAUUCAAUUUUGCAAGGUGAUCGGUGUGGAGAUGCUGUUUCAUCAUCUUGCUAAUGAUCAUGCCCUUGUUGCUGAAAAGAUUACAAGGUUGCUAAUUCCAUCUUACUUCCCUUUACAAGUUCCUACAGAAGAGGCAUGUGCUAAGUGUUUGGAACUUAUUAAAAGGUCUCCUUGUUCUGGGGAAAAAUUUUGUGAGUAUGCUUUCUCACAAGGGUUAUGUUCCGAGUCCCUUCUGGAACUUGUUAGGUUUUUCUGUGCUUCUGCGCUGUCAUCCGAGGCUACUGAUUCUGGUGAUCGAGAAUGUUUAAUCAUUGCUGCUUCCAAGAUCUGCAUAAGUCUAUCAGGUGACCCAUCUCUUAAGAAAGCCAUUCACAAAGUGUUUCUGGGCAGAAAGUUUAAGGACUUUCUCAAGGCUGCAGUCACUCCACGUGCUCGUACAUCUGUUUUAAAUAUCGCCACUCUUUUUUCUCCACCUGAUGUAGUUGAAGCUCUUAAAUAUUGUGUCUCUCUAGUGAUGGAGGUUGCUGAUGUGUCUGAAAACUCGGAGAGGCAAGAUGAAGUACGGGUUGCCCAUCAGUUGAUUUUUUCAUGUGGAUUGUUUGAUGAAAUGUUUGGGGCUCUGGUGGAUCAGCUGCAACAAUUGGUUCCAGAGAACCUUUUCAAUUCUGAUCUUAAUACCACAAAAAGCUACGCAACUCAUACAAAGGGAAAGAAAGUAAAAUUGUCCAGAAAAGUUCCAUUCAAUUGGAAUUCAGUUAAAGUGAGGCCACCAUCAAAAUCCCACCAAAUUGCUGAAGUACCUGUUCUUGCAUCAUCUGCAGCUUGGCAGAUAAAGGAUCUGCUUGCUUCUAAGCAUACCCGAGUAGCAAUACUUGUUUCUCCUCUGCUUGAUUUAGCAUGCUCUGUUCUGAAAAUUAUUUCUCAAGUGGCUAUUGAGAGGUACCUUCAUUCUAAGCUGUUGGAGAUAUCAUGUGUUGAGGCAUACAUGGCUCUGACUUUGCACAUGGCUCUUGAAGACAAGAACACAACCGGUACCCACAAACAUAACAAAAAUGAAGAUUGUGAUUCUGACUCAACAUUGACAUCCUUGGGAGAGGGAGCGAGGAUAAGUCAUGCACUAAGUCAUUUGCUUGCAUGCUUGGAGAAGGCCUUCGUGGACUGGCAGGAUUCUGGCAGUUCAUGUCCUAGCGGCAGAAAGAAGAAGAAACGAGGCAAACUAUCCUGCAAAAUAAGGAAAAGAAAGCCAUUAGCUGAUGUAUCAAAUUUAGAGGAAGGUGCUGGAACAGAUCCAGUUCUCUCCAAGGAUAGAUCUUUAUCAAACAUAGCCAAGUUGGGUACUGCAAUUAUCAGGUUCAUUGUGGAUGCGACUGCCUUGAACCUUGUCUUCAAUGUCCAUGAGAAGUGCUUGCAGUUUGUGUCAGCAUAUCUUCACUUCCUAAAUUCAUUGCUUCGGAGGCAUUCUGGCCUGAACAAACAAUUCAAGGAUGACUAUCGGAAGGAGGUACUCCUUUAUAUCAGGUCCUCUUUCACCUAUGCUGCCAAGUUGCUCAAUCUGCUACUCUUGAAUUCCAGUAACCUGGUUCUACCGAAGGCAUCAUCUGUUGCUGGCGAACUGCUAGAUCUUAUUGCAACAACCGAGGUAAAACUAAGUUCAAGCUAUGCUGCACAGCUGGUCAAUCUAAUCAAAGGAUGGUUGCCAGAUCUUGUCCUGGCAUUGGUCUCAGAGUAUUAUGAGUUGGCUGAAGUGCAAAAUGAAAAAGUCCCGAACAUGGUUCCAAAUGGCAGCCAAGAUUUUCGUGUAUGGCUUGAGGUUGUUGCGAAGCUUGAGCUGAAGGAACAUUUUGAAGGUGAACACGAUGAGGAUGCCUUACACAGAGUGGACAUUGCUGGUUCAGAGGGUGCAUGCACAUUUAAGAAGCUAAUUUCUUUGUUGGUUGUUCUCUUAAAGAAAGGGGAUGCAAAAGUGUUGGAGGCAUUUAUUAUCAUCAUUAUGUCUAGCUUAAGAACAGUCCUGGAUAGGAAGGAAUAUGGCUUGGCACUGGGAUAUAUAUAUUUCUUAUGUGUAAAAUUGGACAACUGUGAAGAUGUGGUCAGGGGAGAGCACAGAUUGAUGUUGAGUUCCAUAAAGAAAUCAUACAACCAAAUAGAGAAUGAGCUGGAGAACUUAAGCCCUAGUCUGAAUGCAGAGCAAAAGCUACAGAGGGUAAAGGCUUGUCUUGAGUCCAUCUGUGUGUCUAGCAUAUUAUGAAAGAUCUCGUGUACGUAUAUGUUUACGGUUAAAAUUGGUCUUGUGGUUA